AUGGGAAAUUGUUUGGUCGGAAAGAAGAUUGCAAAUGUUUCUGAAGAAGAAGAAGAAAUAUGUGAACAAGUGAUACUGAAGAAAGAUUACAAAAGAAAAGAUCGGAAGGUGAAGAUUGUUCUAUCGAGAGAUGAGUUAGAGAAACUGAUACUUUUCCAGCUUAACGCAGACGGUGCAGAUAAAAAAGGAGAUGCCACUUUGGCUUCUUUUGGAGAUUUUCUUAGAGAACUUGAGGCCGAGAGAUUGGCUGGAGAAGCUGCAGCUGUGGCAGCCGAGGAAGAGAACUCUCGCCAGAAAUUAUGUCGGAGGUGGAGACCGUCGUUGGAGAGUGUCAUUGAAUGGCCUGAAGAAGUAUAG